UUCUACUCGGACAGAAUAACAAUGCGUGCUGUUAUUUCCGGUGGUCAUUUGUGACUCGCUUGUCCUUUCAUCAAACCAUCUCAGUCGCAACUUGAUCAAAAGAUGUGCUCGCGAGCGAGGUGUAAGCACGUGUAAUAUUCACGUCACGAUGAGCUGCGUGCCGCUGAAGAGGAGCUACAAGGAGCUUCCGGUGUGGAUAGUGGAAGACCACCACGAUGUGGUGGGUCAUAUUUAUCGUGCCAUAGCAUCACGACACCUUCCCCUAACGAACAUCAAGAUGAUUCAUUUAGACUCCCACCCUGACCUGCUCAUCCCUGUCAACAUGUCUGCGGACACCGUGUUUGAUAAGGAGAAACUCUUCAGUGAGUUGAGUAUAGAAAACUGGAUAAUGCCCAUGGUUUAUGCUGGCCAUGUGUCAUGUGUGGCAUGGCUGCAUCCAUACUGGGCCCAGCAGAUCAGAGAGGGCGAACACAGGAUGGCUGUAGGAAGAGACUCCUCCACCACCACCAUCAGGGUGACCAGUACAGACAACUACUUCCUCAGUGAUGGGCUGUAUCUUUCAGAGAAGCAGAUGGAGAACUCCAAACCCCUCCGGCUGAAUGUGGUCAAAGUCAAUCCGGUUCCAUCGGGUCACUGGUCGCUUACAGGGAGGAAACCUGAAGAGGACACGGGGGGGUGGUUCACCAAGCGACCCCGACCAGAAUGCAGUAAAGCCUGGGGGGCUACCUGCUCCGAGCCCCUCCCUGGAAGGGUUGACUUGCAGCAACCAGCAGUGGGGAGCCACUUGUCCAGCUUGGCUGAUGAUGUGGAUGACAGUGAAGGAUCCACCAGUUAUGUUGUUAAAAGAAUUUCUGCAUUACUCAGUGAGACAGAACCAUACGUCUUGGACAUUGAUUUGGAUUUCUUCACAUGUAAGAAUCCCUUCAAGGAAUUAUACACGCAGGAAGAGUACGACAUCCUGAAGAAGCUCUACAACUUCAGAGGACCGAGCCCCGAUGCUGCUGAGGAGGAGCUUGAUGAGUGUGUGGAUCGUCGUGUGCAUCAGUUGGAAGACCUGGAAGCAGCAUUUGCUGAUCUGCUGGAGGAUGAUGGGGAGGAGACGGUUGCACGCUGGGCUGGUAACCCUGGCAUGGCGCCAUUAGCCCAAUUGGUUUCCAGUUUGAAGUUGAGAAACCAGUGUCCUGAUUAUGAAAUGGUCCAUCAGGCAGGGCUCACAUGUGACUCAGUCGAGCUGCCUCACCACAUCAGCACUGAUGAGGAGAUCGACAGACUAAUCUUAGCUAUGGAGCUGUUUCUGAAGGCUUUGCCCAUACCUACACUUAUUACUAUGUCCAGGUCCAGUCUAGAUGAAUACUGUCCAGUAGAGCAGGUGGACUCUGUCCAGAGCAGAGUGCUGGCUGUGUUGGAGAGCCUCUAUGGAGCACUGGAUGUACACAAAGACUACGAAAACAGCAGCGUCGAGACUCAGGACUGCCAGCCAAAGGCCUCUUAACAAACACUCACACGUCCCUUUGGUGUUCAGUGGAUGCACCGUUGUAUAAAGACAACCAUUAAAGCAGCUGUUGCAA